AUGGAAUCAGGACUCAAGCAGAUGACUUUCAAGAUUGCAGAACUACAACAGACAGCAGAGGUUGCAAGGAGGGAAUCCUCAGACGACAGCAGCUCUCAUACCCCCACAACUUCUCGGCUUUCCUCUGAAGGCGUCGAACUUCUAAGCAUAAGGCCAAGACAAAGCCAAGAAGUCCUCAUCGGCCCAACACCAUCGACCCACCAAACAACAGCGGCCCAAACGGACGACGACAGCGUCAUCCAACAAGACCUUCCAUUCGGCUACCGCAUAUCCUACGAUCCCACCACCACCACAAGCCACGACAACGACAUCACCACCACCACCACCACCGCAGCCGAGCCCACCCUCCUCCACCAACCGCUCCUCCCAUCACCAACAACCCUCUCCCCACAGCUCCCCUACACCUACUCCUUCCGCGAAAUCACCUUCGCCCACCAACUCGAGCGCGCCUGCCUCGAACGCGGCAUCUACGUCCUCGCCAACGUGCACCUCGAGCCCGCCGCGUACCGGCGCGCCUUCCGCAUUAGCCGGCACUUCGCCAGCCGCGAGCUCAUGCUGCACCGGCUCAAGAAGUGGGUGCAGCAGCCGGUGAUCAGGCCGUACGGCGACCUCCGUCUGAACCUGGGUGGAGCUGGACUGCAUUACGCGUCGCCAAGCAGCGGUAGCAGCAGCAGCAGCAGCAGCAGCAAUGGCGGCGGGGAAGGUGAGCAGCGGAGCCGGCAUUUGACGACGCUGCAUGUGGAGGAGUAUCGGUAUAGCGCGCGGGCGAGGUUGGUCGCCAUGGGGCUGCCGAUUACGGCGGAGGUGGAGGCGGAUCUGAGGUUCUAUGAGGGCGUGUGGUUUGAUAUGCGGGAUGUGGAGGCGUAUCUGGCCGAGUUGGGGAUUCGGGUCGAGCCGUAUGCCACGCUGGUGCAGGCCAAGGCCGAGACCCUGCAGGGGCUUUGGCAGGAUGUCGGGGGUUGGGGGCAAGGUCUGCGUGGGAAUGUGGGUAAGAUGCUUGAUCGGUUUCCGGGCGGGUCGAACGCUUCGCAACCUGAGCGGAGAUUGGGCGCGUCGGAUGGCUCUGUAGGGUUCUUGGGAGCCACCACGGAUGCCAACGUCCCUAUGACGGAUGAGCUGAGCACUGAGGAAUGGGAGCGGUUCCUCAACUCCACUGUCCCGUGGCUGAGCGAUGUGGUGUUGGGAGAUGCUCCAGCCAACAGCGCCGGAGAUGGCAGGGAUAUUUCGAAGAUGUUGGGUGAGCGGGUUGAGAUUGAUGUACAAAGACUGGCUAAUGGUAUGGCUACCUCCCCUCCCUCUACGAUAUGGGUAUGA